AUGCCACUAGUGGUACGACUUCAUCAGAGGCAGUUUCACAACCAAUUCCGGCUGUUUCUUUCUCUGACCAUUCCCUCAAAUCACCAUUCACAAAUUGAAUGGAAAGAAUUACCUUUUCCUGCUGUUUCUUUCUCUGACCAUUCCCUUCAAAUCACCAUUCAAAAAUUGAAUGGAAAGAAUUACCUUGAGUGGUCUCAAUUUGUACGUCUGGUGAUCGACGGCAAAGGGAAACUCGGGCACCUGAAUGGCGAAGUAAAACCGCCAGCCACCAAUGAUCCAAAAUACAGACAGUGGCGUUCAGAAAAUUCCUUGGUGACUGACUGGCUAAUCAACUCGAUGGACCCCGUUGUUGGAAAGCCCUUCAUGUUCUUGCCGACAACUCGUGAUGUCUGGGAGGCAGUCCGGGAAACUUAUUCCGAUUUGGACAACCACUCAGAAUUGUUCGAAUUAAACACUCGAAUGUGGAAGAUGCAGCAAGGUGACUGUGAGGUAACAGCCUACUAUAAUGAUAUGAUGACAGUUUGGCAGGAAUUGGAUAUGUUUGAAGAUGAACAAUGGGAAAAUUCGAAUGACAGUGCUCGGUACAAAAAGAAGAUUGAGAGAGGCCGGGUAUUUGUGUUCUUGGCUGAUUUGAAUAAAGAACUUGAUGAGGUUUGA